GUCACUUUGUUUUUGAGAAACAAAAGGUAUUGCGUGGCCCAGUUACUGUGCAUUCAAGCUCUUUCUGGUAUUCAAAGUCACCACCAUGCCAACAGACGCAGCGUCCAGCAUUAGAGCAAACAAUGACAAAUGCGAUCAAGAAAUCCGAGCAUAUUUGACUAUUGACAAGCAACCAUCCAUCGCAAAAUUUGUCAACAAAAAUUACGAAUUCAUGAAAGCCAAUACACCAACAGGUGUUGAUGUCGCUCAAUUCUGGAUAGCACGCAUCCGAAACAUGGCAAAAAUAAUGAAUAUCACCCUGAAAAAAGGAGCUAAAGUUAGCUGGAAAAAACUGGAGGCGACAUACAAGCAGCAGUCAAACUCGUCAUCGCCAUCGUCAUCAGCUGCAGCAACAUCAAAAUCAUCAUCCGCAUCAGUCCUUUUGUCGCCAAGUGACAAGGAAAAAAUCGAUGCCAUAUUUGAAAAACUUGACGAUGAAAAAAAGUGGACCUUAAAAUCAGGAACAGUAGUCGAAGACGUGAUGCGUGAAUUCGCAAAAGAAUGUGAUUACCUUCACCCCGUCCAUUCCUUAAUCCUGAACCCCUAUGAUGAUUGUUGGCAAGCGCGGUUCACACAAAACGAGUUGCACGAAAUCAGAAGCUACAAACCAUUAAAGCUUGAACCGUUACCAAGCGAAGUGCAGCAAUAUUUCGAUUCCUAUCAAGGAUUGUGUGAUCUCGACAGCCUGACUGAAAAAGUCAUGAGCCAAGCAGCCUUCCACCCGAAAAAACAAGCAGAGGUCUACUGGGCCCAUAAAGCAGUCAUGGAAGCCCUUGACUUAUUUAAUUACGAAUGGCUACCGAUGGAUGAACGAACAACUGAAGCUGACGUGGUACGACGUGUUUUUCCUUUUAUUGAAAAAUGCUUCGAUGAAUCGGCAUUCACAAUCAUCAGCGGUGAAAAAGCUAGUAUCUCUUCUAGCGAAAGAAAGAACGCAGCCCAGUGUAUCACGGGUACGGAGACCGUUGAUCGCAAGGAUACCGGGCAUAAAGUGGAUGUAAUAAUAAGCUACCGCGAUCUUGAGUAUGGAUGUGCCGAAGCAGGUUUAAAAGGUGGAAGCACGUCAACGAAAUGGAUCAAUGAAUCCGACAUCAAAGUAUCACGACUCAUGAAAGACAUGCUCUGGCGAAUGUUGAAACCCAAUCCCACAGCCAUCAACAACGUCAUUGUACCUGGGUUUGUCAUCAACGGGUUGAAUCUGAUGGUUGAAAUGAUGUCGAUUCCGAAGCAUUAUGUCUGUAUCGUGCACAAGUUUGGUCCGAUGGCCUUCCCAGACCAAAUUGAAGCUUUUUAUAAGCAAUUGGUACCUUUGCUGACAUUGACAUGGCAAACGAAAGCGGUCGUGAAAAAGACCUUGAAAGCUCUCAGUAAUGAUCAAACCGUUUUUAUCCCUACCCCUCUUACACCAACACCACCUUCCGUUAUUCCACCUUGUCCACCAUCACCGCGAGUAGUAAGCAAAGGCACAAAGCGGAAAUCUCCCGAGGAAGAUGAUGACUGAGCCUUUUUUGUAUAUAAUAUCCUUUCCUGUAUGUAGUACCCAUUUUUUUAUCAAUUUUUAUAAAUACCAAUAUCUUCCAUCUCAUUAUCAUGUCAAGCUCUACCGUAUAUACCACAAUCUUCACUGCCACAAAAAGCGUCAUCAUAUCGAAUUCGUUUCAUUUACCUCCUCCAAUCCGCCACAUGUGAAAAUUAUAAGCAACGUAAAACCAAACAGUAACGGAAAAGCAUAACGGUGUCUUGUUAUUGUUCUUGACUGCAUAAGUUUAUCAUAGGAACUAUAUUUACCCGAGGUUGAUGCCAGGCUCCCCGUCGGAGGGUGUGAUGCGAUGCAGCCAACGAACAGGUAAUAUAUAGUCCAGAACAGCGAAUGAAAGUGUACGAUAUAGUCAACCCCACCGGUGUCGUAAGGUCCGCUG